AUGUUAAAACUGUUUUUGUUACUGUUUUGUGUCGGGCUAACUUUUGCUCAAGAGUGCUCUGUAUGUCCUGUGGGAGUUUGCCAUCCAAAUCCUGCAUGUCCGGCAAAUGAUAACGCGAGUGAUCCAAAGAAGCUUCCACAUGCUGACUGCGGAAAAUUUUACAAAUGCAGUCUCGGAAAUGCGUGUGAAAUGAGUUGUCCAGCUGGAUUACAUUGGAGUGUGACUGCAAAUCGUUGCGAGUGGCCACACAUAGCUUGUUGUGAUAAAACAAUUGAAUGUAGGCCGUGUUGUGAUACGCCAGCGACGACUCCAACAACAGUUAUCACAACUCCAACCACGCCCAUCACAACACCAACGACGCCCAUCACAACACCAACGACGCCCAUCACAACUCCAACCACUCCAUUACCAACACCGGAUGAUCCUGUAUGCAUAAUCGAUGCCCGAUGCCCAGCGAACGACAAUCCCUUUAAUCCUUUGCUUCUGCCACACGAGUCGGAUUGCACGUUAUUUUACAAAUGUGAUUUUGGCAGACGAUGUCCAAAGUCUUGCCCUCCAGGUGAACAUUUUAGCGUAGCUCUACAGCGCUGUGAUUGGCCAAAUAUUGCAUGCUGCGAUCCAAGAAUACCUUGCACGACAACGCCACCCGUACCAGCACCUACAACGGUCGCAACGCCAGCUCCACCUGCUGUGCAAUGCAUACCAGAUGCUCGAUGUCCUGCAAAUGAUAAUCCGAUGAAUCCAUUACUUUUACCGCAUGAGACUGACUGCGGUCUGUUUUACAAAUGUGACACCGGUGAACGUUGCCUGAAGACAUGUCCUCCAGGAGAGCAUUUUAGCGUAGCACUACAACGCUGCGAUUGGCCAAACAUUGCUUGCUGUAAUCCAGCAAUACCUUGCACGACAACACCAAUCGCGCCAGCGCCACCAAUACCAACACCGGCUCCUCCGGCUGCACAAUGUAUACCAGAUGCUCGAUGCCCAGCAAAUGACAAUCCAAUGAAUCCUUUGCUAUUACCACACGAAACUGACUGCGGACAAUUUUACAAAUGUGAUAGUGGUGAACGCUGUCUGAAGACGUGUCCUUUGGGCGAACACUUCAGCGUAGCUCUACAGCGUUGUGAUUGGCCAAACAUUGCUUGCUGUAAUCCAGCAAUACCUUGCACUUCAACACCGGGUACGCCAUCGCCUCCAGUCGUACCAACACCGGCUCCUCCAGCUGCAUCAUGUACACCAGAUGCUCGUUGCCCCGCAAACGAUAAUCCGCUGAAUCCACUAUUGUUGCCCCACGAGACAAACUGUGGUCAAUUCUACAAAUGUGAUAGCGGUCAACGUUGUCUAGUUGCGUGUCCUCUGGGAGAACACUUUAGCGCGGCCUUACAGCGCUGUGACUGGCCAAAUAUCGCCUGCUGUAAUCCACAGAUAGGGUGCGUGGCGACGGCUAAUCCAAUACCCACAACGAACAGUCCAGUUGGUACAUCGUGCGUUUUUGACGCCCGCUGUCCAGCAACCGAUGACCCUAUGAACCCUCGAUUGUUACAACAUGAAAACGACUGUUCUUUGUUCUACAAAUGCGAUCUUGGACGGCGUUGCUUAAUGCAAUGUAAAACAGGAGAACACUUCAGCAGUGCUCUUCAGCGUUGCGAAUGGCCAAACUAUGCAUGCUGUGAUGCAAGAUUGCCAUGUGAAACUGCUCCUAAUAUGAAUGAUCCGUGCUAUCCCGGGGUUUGCGAGACUCCAAUUUGCUACGCUGACAGUGGGUGUCCAGUACAAGAUAAUCCGCUUAAUCCAAUUCACCUCCGAAAUCCGGCGAGUUGCAGUUCCUUCUAUAAAUGUCAGCGUGGGCAGGCAUGCUUGGUGGAGUGCCCAAUCGGACAGCAUUGGAGCCAAGCCCUACAACGUUGUGAAUGGCCUAAUGUAGCCUGCUGCAGUCCUGCCGUAGAAUGCUGCCUUCAGUGUAUUGAAGACAGGCGUAGGGAGCUGGGACGCCUAUUCGGAAUUAAAAUGUACAACUAG